AUGUUGACUGACCGAAUAUGUGUCAAAUAUGGAAGGCUCGUUCAUCUGUCUGAGGCAUCAGCCAUGCAGUUCGUUGCGGAACAUACAUCCAUCCCGGUGCCUAAAGUUAAAUGUGCAUUUACUCAUUCUGGGCGGACAUAUAUAGUGAUGGAGAGAAUCAAGGGAGAUAUGAUUGGUUAUAUCUGGGGACAUCAAAGUGAGGAGUCAAAAGCGAAACUUCUUUCGCAAUUGACAGAGAAGAUUCGUCAACUUCGUGAUAUUCAGCCCCCGGAGGGUUGUAAGAUUGCUUCUGUUGAUGGCGGAUCGUUUUAUGACUGCCGCCUUCCGGGUUCCGUCAACCGAUUUGGCCCCUUUGAUACUAUCCAAGACUUUCAUCAGCAUUUACGCGAGGACAUGGAUUUCGAUUCAAGGCUCCCCCCUGAAGUUCAGGACCUUAUCAAACUUCAAAACAAAUCUUGGCCUUUGGUGUUUACCCACGGGGAUCUUAGCAGCCUCAAUGUUCUUGCGCGUGGAGAUGACAUUCUUGGCAUUGUUGACUGGGAAACCGCUGGAUGGUAUCCAUCAUAUUGGGAAUACACUACUGCGUACCAGGUCAACCCGCAAAACUCGUUUUGGGUCAAUGAGAUUGAUAGGUUCUUAGAUCCAUUACCCGAAGAGCUGGCGAUGGAACAGAUUCGUCAGAAAUACUACGGAGCAUUUUGA